UAAAAUGACCUAUCUAAACAGUUCAAGCCUGGUCCUAUGGUGGGUGUCUCGUGGUGUACACAGAUAGUGUUGCAAGAUAAACAUUUGCUAGUUACCAUGGCAACAUUAUACUCUACCUUCAUGUGAGGCUUAUAACAAAUCUCGUGUUCUUAACAAGCGAGCCCAUUGGCAACUACACCCAUGUACGAGGACCAGGCCUAAACUCCUCGUUUGUUUAUUACCUUUUGAUACAGUAUUUAUAUUGACAGAAGAAUCUCAACCCAAAUUCAUCGCGCAUAUUACUCCUUUUAUUUAUUGUUAAAUUGACUUAGCUGAGACAGAAGGCGUUGAUUAAACUUCUUCCUGCCACAGUGACUCAGCAGGUCAGAAUCACAGCGUUGCAUUCUUCCUAUGUCCUGCAGCAAUUUGAGUAAACAGCUCUUUAUUCUUUUUAUUUACAAACAGCUUGCUCUGAUUGUUUGGGUUGAUUUUCUUUUCAUUUGGCUUUUUAACUUUUACAAAAUUGCAAAGUUGUUUAAUGCCUGUUAAUGCUUAUGACACUUAUUUCACAGGUGUCAUGCAAUCUUGUUUUGCUUGAUAUAACCAAUUCCCUCCCCCCCUUCAUUUCCCACUACUACGAGGAGAAACAGUGGAGCGCAUCAGCAAGAAUCGGUCUUAGACAGCAAGGGCAGCACUGCGCACAAUGCAGUGCUCUUAGACUCACAGUACCAGGGAUUUUAGAUAGACAGUCAAGUACACUAUCGCGCGCGGAGACCUUUUUUUUUUCUUCUUUUAUGCUUUUUUCUACACCAUUUUCUUUUUAUAUUCGGAUCAAAUCGAAUCCCAAAACCGAAUUUGUGUGUACAGACACCAUUGGGGUGAAGUGGAGCGCAGUUUCACAGAAGAGACCCCCUCUCUGUAUUUAUAUGUUAAUAAACUGGCAGAGCGAAAGGUUCAGGUCCAAGUAUCACCCAGACGAGGCCAGCAGGCUGAAGGCAGAGGCUCAGAGCGCCCUGCACAACCGGCUCAAUGUCUUCAUGUUCCUGAUCGAGAACAGCUGGUUUGAUAAUGUCUCCCUGGACAUCGAACAGACCCCGGCCAUCAUCAAGGUUCUGGACGCAGCUGUGAUAAAGAUGGAGGGAGGUACUGAUCAUGACCUUCGCAUUUUGGACCUGCCAGCUGAAGAGGAGGAAGAGAGGGAGAAGUCCACAUCAGUUUCAGGAGGCGGUGACCCUCCCAAGAGAGAAGACGUCAAAACCUCAGACGGAGACCGGAAACCUUCUGUGGAGAAAGACAAGAACGAGAAGGAGGAGAGUAACUGUGCCAGCCCAGAGAAAGCUGCUGCAGCAGAGGAGGGGGAGGAUGUGAAGGAAGAGGCGGAGAAAGAAGAUGCCAAAGACCAAUUGCCUGAACCCAAAAAACCGAGAAGAAAGAGGAAGCGCAGUGGAGACAGUGACGAUGAAGGCAGCGCCUCCGAGAGCGACUCUGACUCGGAUUCAGACUCUAACUCGAACUGCUCUGAUAAACCUGUGAAGAAGGAAGCGGUAGAAGACAAGGAUGACGAGGAGGAGGAGGAGGAAGAAGGCGAAGAAGAGACACCAAAGGAGAAUGCCGAAGAGGACAAGAAAGAAGAAAAGAAGCCCAAAGACGACUCUCCCAGACCGCGGCCUCUGCACAGGACCUGCUCCCUGUUCAUGAGGAGCAUCGCCCCCACCAUUUCCAAGGCUGAGAUAAUAGCUCUUUGCCGGCGGUACCCUGGAUUUCUGCGUGUUUGCUUGUCUGACCCCCAUCCAGAGCGCAGGUUUUUCAGACGUUGCUGGGUGACGUUCGACCGCAGCGUUAACAUCAAAGAGGUUUGCUGGAACCUUCAGAAUAUUCGACUGAGAGACUGUGAACUAGCACCCGGGGUGAACAGGGACCUGGCCCGGAGGGUGCGUAACGUUAACGGCAUCACUCAGCACAAGCAGGUGCUCCGCAAUGACAUCAAGCUGGCUGCCAAGCUCAUCCAUGCCCUGGAUGAGAAAGGAGACCUGUGGAGCAACAAGGAGGAGGGGCAGAGUGCAGAGCGGCCAGCUCAGAACCCCAUCCUGAAGAAUAUCACAGAUUACCUGAUAGAGGAGGUGAGCGCUGAGGAGGAGGAGCUGCUUGGUUCUGGGAGCGGGAUGGAAUCUGAGGAGAGCGUCAAGGAGGGAAACCCUGCUGAGACCACGGUGGAGAGGGACGACAAGCUAGCCAAGGUUUUGGAUCGGCUGCUCUUGUAUCUGCGAAUUGUGCAUUCAAUUGACUACUACAACACCUGUGAAUACCCCAGUGAGGAUGAAAUGCCAAAUCGCUGCGGCAUGAUCCAUGUUCGUGGACCCAUCCCUCCCAACCGCAUUGCACAUGGAGAAGUGCAACAGUGGCAGAAGAUGGUAGAGGAGAAGCUGAGUCCUUUGUUUAGCUUAAAAGAAAUCCUGUCCGAAGACGAGGCGGCCAAGAUGGGCCGCAAAGACCCUGAGGACGAGGUGGAGAAGUUUGUGUCUGCAAACACUCAAGAGCUGGGAAAGGACAAGUGGCUGUGCCCGCUGAGUGGAAAGAAAUUUAAGGGUCCAGAGUUUGUACGGAAGCACAUCCUGAACAAACACGGGGACAAAAUUGAAGAAGUUAAAAAAGAAGUGUCGUUCUUCAACAAUUUCCUGAUGGACGCAAAGAGACCGUCUCUGCCAGAGAUCAAACUUCCUCCGCUUCCAGGCCCAGGUUUGCUUUCUCCCAACAUGCCGUUUCCUCCUCAAGGUCCUCAGGGUCCAAUGGGCUUUGGGCAACCUCGCCCCCCGCUGAUGGGCUACGGAGGUGGUCCCCCUUACCCCCCUAACCAAUAUGGUGGAGGGGGAAGAGGUAACUAUGACAACUUCCGGGGACAGGGUGGCUACCUGGGGAAGCCACGCAACAUCAGAAUGUCACGAGGCGACCCCCGCAACAUCAUCGAAUAUCGAGACCUGGAUGCACCAGAUGACAUGGACUUCUUCUAAAAGGUUCCCUCUCCGUCUUCGCCCUCGAUUUGUGUCACAAUGUGUUUUUUUAUUUUUUUUGUAGUGAUUAGCUUAUUUCUUUUCUUGAAUAUCUUUUCCUAAUUAUUGUGCAACUAGAACAAACUUCUCAUGCGAACUGGUUCCUCAAUAAAGUUGUGAUCUAACUACCUUCA